CCGGCUUUAGGUGCUUUUUGCUUCCUCUCCUUUGAAGCGCGGCUUGAGAGGAAGAGGAGGGGUGCGGAGCCGGGGCUGUGCCGGGAGCCGGGAGGGAGCCUGUGCCCUUCUCCAUGGCGAGGCAGGAGGAGAGGAGGCUCCCGAGGAGGGAACCGGGGAGCUGACUCAGCGGAGCAGCCCGGCAUGUCUUCCCGGGAGCACGGCUUCCCUGCCGGAGCCUGCGGAGGGAGGCCUGAGAAGGGGGUGCGCUGCUUCACUGAUGUUAUAGACUCUCUCACCCAAGGCUUUCCAUGUGCUCUCACUCCUGCUGACCCCAACAAGACUGUGGACUUGUUUGAGAUGAUUGAAAAAAUGCAGGGAAGUCGUCUGGAUGAGCAAAGAUGUUCCCUUCCAGCUCCUCUCAAGACAGAAGAGGAGUAUAUUCCUUACCCCAGCAUCCACGAGGUAUUACAGAAAGGGUGGCCAUAUCCUCUCAUUAUCUUACCCCAGUUUGGGGGCUACUGGAUUGAAGGGACCAGCCACAACCUCUCCAGCUCGAGCCCAACUCUGUCUGAUGCACCCUUUCCCUGGAGUGGUAAAGUGAAACUGGAAAGUGACCCGACAGCCAAGCUGUACCGCAAACAUUUCCUGGGGAAGGAGCACCAGAACUUUUACUCCAGUGACAUGUCCUUGGGCUACCUGGUACUUUCUGUGAAGUAUGAACAGAUUGAGAAACAGGAAAAUCUACGCCUGUUGCUCAGGACUCGAACUGGCACCAAACAUGACCUGAUCCCCAUUUCCUGUCUGAAUGAGUUUCCUAAUGCUGUCCAGAUGGCGAAGCUAGUGUGUGAGGAUGUGAAUGUUGAACGCUUCUUUCCUGUCCUCUACCCCAAGGCUUCGCAGCUUAUUGUUGCGUUUGAUGAACAUGUCAUAAGUAAUAACUUCAAAUUUGGGGUCAUCUACCAGAAACCUGGACAGACGACAGAAGAAGAAGUCUUCAGUAACACAGAAGAGAGUUUGGGUUUCCUGGAGUUCUUGGAUUUCCUUGGAGACAAGAUUCAGCUGCAGGAUUUCCGUGGGUUCCGAGGAGGCCUGGAUGUUACCAGAGGUCAGACAGGCACCGAGUCAGUCUAUACAAACUUCCGGGGCAAGGAGAUUAUGUUUCAUGUAUCUACGAAGCUGCCCUUCACAGAGGGAGAUUCCCAGCAGCUUCAGCGGAAGCGUCACAUUGGGAAUGACAUUGUAGCCAUCAUCUUCCAGGAUGAAAGCACACCUUUUGUCCCUGAUAUGAUUGCUUCUAAUUUCCUACAUGCUUAUGUGGUAGUUCAGCUCACUCAUGACACCACUGGGGACACUCUCUACAAGGUUUCAGUCACAGCCCGCGAUGAUGUCCCAUUCUUUGGACCCCCUCUGCCAAACCCAGCCGUAUUUAGAAAGAGUGCAGAAUUCCGUGAAUUUCUCCUGGUCAAGCUCAUCAAUGCUGAGUACAGCUGCUAUCGAGCUGAGAAAUUUGCUAAAUUAGAGGAAAGAACCCGGAGUGCCCUCUUGGAGAGCCUUUUUGAGGAGCUACAGCUUCGCAGCCGUAGUAUGAUGGGACUACCCGUAGGGGAGGAUGACAAGAUAGAGAAUGGCAGUGGGGGCUUCCUUGAGAAUUUCAAGCGGGUGAUCAGAGGCCGCAGCCAGAGCCUGGAUACCAUGGGAAUAUCCAUGAGAAAGCAGCAGCCAGCUACCCUGCCCAGCCGCCCAACGCCAGCUGGCCUUGCCCUCAGCCAGAGUGUCGCCGAGGGCCCUAAGGCUGUUGCUGCGUCUUUUGCCUUGCCUGGUAGGAGCCCAUCACGUACUCGAGCCAGCCGCUUCCAUGGGCGACGGAGUAGUGCUAUUGGCAUUGAGAACAUACAGGAGGAAAAGAGCAGAGACACUGCAGAGAGGAUACAGAAGAUGCUGGACAGUCCAGGGACGUUCUUUGACCUGAAGUCUGAUGGAUCAUCCAGUCCCAGCUCCCCAGAGUUCCCCAACAGGAAGAGCAAAAUGCUCAGGAGUCAGACUUCAGGAUACUGUGUGAUGCAGCCGUUGUCACGUUCUUCAUCCAGUGUAAGCAGUUGUUGUAGUGGUUUGAGAGAAAAUGAAACAUCUGAGGAAGAGGAGAAUGACAGGGAGCUGAUGUGCUCUCUUGAGGGCCCUCCAAAACAGGAUUCAGUGGUUCACAGCGUAUGGCUGGAUGACAGUGACUGCACACCCAGUACUUCCAGCUCACCAGGAAGCAGGCUGCUUCCUUCCAGCAGUGUUGCUGGCUCCACUGGAAAAGGAAGAGACAGUAAAGCAGAUGCUCAUCACCAUAAUCCAGCUUCCAUUUUGUGCUGCGUGUGAGGUCAGCGCUGGAGGACGGUGUUGGUGCACACUGGGUGAGGAGCACAGGCAGGAUUUGCCCAAAGACUAGUGGGUGCACUGGUGGAAAGGAGGAAGAAGUUCUCAACUGACAGGAUAUUUCCUGAAGAGCUGAAAGAGGUGCAAGAAGGAAAAAUUGUGGGGGAACACGAUACUACCACAACACUUACAGGUGUAAGAACAUGAAGGAUACAGGUUUCUUUUUCCUGAUGCUUUGCUCCAGGCUUUGCUGUUUACGUGAACAAAUGUGAACGCGCUUUACUUAAAUUUCAGAAAGCAACAAAAAACGGAAUUCCAGCUGCUUCUAGUUCUUCUGCUUCCUUCAGUGGUGUGUCUGAGACAGCCAGGAAUCACUGAGAAAUCAAUAUUCAAAUGUGUCAUUCCAAUGCAGCCAAUAUAGGGCCAGGUUCAAACUAUUUCAGUGUGAAAUUUCUUAAAUGUUAUUCGUUGCCUGUCUUUAUCUCUGCAGAAUAUAUGAUGGGAAGUCAUACGUAGCCAUAUCCAAACCACCUUUGCAUGGUCAGCAAUUAGAGCACCCUUGAGGAAGCAAAACACAGUCUGGUUCAGUUACCAGUUAAAUUCACAGGGUAUGUACCACUGUCCUCCAAAGACAUUACUGUAAGAACAGCAUUAAUUUAAGACCCCUGCAGGGUCUGGGGUUAGUUCCCAAGAAAGCAUUUGUAUGAUGGUCUUCUCAAAUGUCAGUCACCACAGAGCAAGGUAUAUAAAAUACUGUCCAGGAGGGGCACAGUUCCUUCUGAGAUACUUGACUGGUUCCCUAGAUUUUUCACUGGGCUUGAAUUGUCCCUGUGUCUUCCUUCCACUCUUCUCUCUUGUGUCCCCUUAACUGCCACGCUGCAGAGUAAAAGGCAAGUGUGAAUACCUCGUCCUGUGCUUCUAGUGUCUAUGUAGUACCUUGGACUUAAAAUAAAAGGAGAAUGUGGCCAACUUCUCUUAA